AUGUCUAUAAUUGAAACCCCCGCCGUCCACCACCUCAGCGGGGGCGCCUCCGAUCACCAUCGUCACUCAUCCAAACGCAAACUCGAGGAUGAAGAUGACGGAGAUUUCUCGGACUUAGUCUGUGUGAGGAUGCGGAAAGAGGAGGCGGUGAAUUCGUGGUGUGGCUCCUCCACCACCGCCGGCAGCGGCUGCUCCUCCGCAGCCGCCCCCUUGCCGAAGCAGCGAUCUCACAUCCAGUUCUUUGUGCGAAUGAUGUCUGCCGGGAACACGAUUGUGAUGCAGGCCUUCGCCGAAGACAGCGUGAAAUCGAUUCACGAGCGUAUCCAAAGCAUGAAGGGAAUCCCGGUGUUUGAACAGAGGCUAAUUUAUCGUGGGAAGCAGCUUCAGUGGGAGCAGACUCUCGCCGAGUGUUCCAUUCAAAACGACGCCAAUCUUCAACUCGUUGGUCGUAUGCGCAGUACUGAACACCCUCAAGCAUGGCAAAUUAUCAACGACAUGGUUUCCCUCGUGUAUCGACUCUGCUGUGGCGAGGCUAUUCAUGAUUCCUUGAAGACUAUAAAGGGAUUAAUAACCAGUUACUUGAACAUGACUCCGAGGAUUGACAACGAAUCUGCUUCUGGGUAUUUUCAGAUUUUCAUGUCUUCUUCUGCUCCUGACGUGCUUGUUAUGCUCUAUGUGUCCCCCUAUGCAGGAAACAAGGAAUCUGCUGAUUCUACUGUUAGGCACUUUUUGAGAUCUUGCCCGAAUACCUUGUCUAAGGCAUUGCACGGGCAGUGUGCGUGUGUGGUGUUGGAAUUUUGUAAACUGCUUAGGAGAGUGGGAAGUAAUGAUCCCCUAUAUCUUUUUUGUCGGAGUACCUUUGGGUCCUUGUUAGAAACUGCUGGGGUUUCCUUUGCUGGUUCUGAUAAUGCUAAGGGGUUGGUUAUGAUUAAGGACAUUUUCCCCUUUGUUUUUGAGCUUGCUAAUAGCUUGUUGAGGGACUUGGACUUGAGUAUGGAAUCCCACACGGCCGUGGGACCUUUGUCGAGUGAUGUUGAGGAUUUUACUGCCUUCUUAGUUCCUUUGAGGACUGGAAUUAAGGAGCAACAAGCUCUCAACGGUUCUUUGUCUCAAGGCAAAAGCAAUAAGGAUCUCUUGCACGCGAAAGAGAUUGAACACCUUCAUUGUUUAUACGUCCAGUUAUUGAGCAAAAUCGACCAGUGCCUUCAAAAAGUGGACCAGAGCUUGGCUGGCCAGGAAGUGAUGGAAGGGGAUAAUCUUUAUCCUGCGUGGUCUCAUUAUCUUUCCAUCUUGAAGGAGUUGUAUCAAAUUUCUAAGCUUUAUGAUGGUGCUGAAGAAAAGCUUUGGAGUGUUUUGAAGCGACACAGAAGUGUGCUGUGUUUGUUGAUUGUUCGAUAUGCAAAGAGAACUGAUGAGCAUCAGUGGAUAUUGGAGCAUAGGUAUGUGACUAAUUUUGAGUCUAGAAGGCAUUUGGCCAUGAUGAUGUUCCCAGAAGUCAAAGAAGACUAUGAAGAAUUGCACGAAAUGCUUAUUGACAGAUCUCAGUUGUUGGCUGAGUCUUUUGAAUACAUAGCACGUGCUGAGCCUGAAUCUCUGCAUGCUGGCUUAUUUAUGGAAUUCAAAAAUGAGGAAGCUACUGGCCCAGGUGUACUAAGGGAGUGGUUUCUACUGGUAUGUCAAGCAAUAUUCAAUCCGCAAAAUGCUCUUUUUGUGGCAUGCCCGAAUGAUCGAAGGAGAUUUUUCCCUAAUCCUGCAUCUAAGGUACAUCCUCUGCACCUUGAGUACUUCAGCUUUGCUGGUCGAGUUAUUGCAUUAGCUUUGAUGCAUAGGGUGCAAGUGGGUAUUGUUUUUGAUCGUGUGUUUUUCUUGCAAUUGGCGGGAAACUAUAUUGCUUUAGAGGAUAUCAGGGAUGCAGAUCCUUGUCUCUAUAAUAGCUGCAAGCAAAUAUUGGAUAUGGAUGCUGAUUUCAUUGAUUCAGAUGCAUUAGGACUGACAUUUGUUAGGGAGGUGGAGGAGUUAGGACAGAGGAAAGUGGUUGAGCUCUGCCUUGGGGGAAAAAACCUUGUAGUUAAUAGUAAGAACAGAGACCAGUAUGUUGAACUUCUUAUACAGGAUCGCUUUGUAACAUCCAUAUCUGAGCAGGUAUCACAUUUCGCCAAAGGUUUUGCUGAUAUUCUUUCAAACUCCAAGCUCCAGCAGUACUUCUUCCAAAGUUUAGACCUUGAAGAUCUUGAUUGGAUGCUGCAUGGCAGUGAAGACACCAUUUCUGUUGAAGAUUGGAAAGCACACACCGAAUAUAAUGGUUAUAGAGAGACAGAUAUUCAGAUAUCAUGGUUUUGGGAGAUUGUUGGGAGAAUGACAGCAGAUCAAAGGAAGGUUCUUCUAUUCUUUUGGACGUCUGUAAAAUAUUUACCAGUUGAAGGUUUCAGUGGUUUGGCUUCACGACUCUACAUAUACAGAUCCCUUGAACCUGGUGAUCGCCUGCCUUCAUCUCACACAUGCUUUUUCCGGCUGUGUUUCCCGGCUUACUCAUCUAUGGCUGUCAUGAAAGAACGUCUUGAACUUAUCACUCAAGAACACAUUGGCUGCAGUUUUGGUACUUGGUGA